AUGGCCGAGAAGCAGAAGCACGACGGGCGGGUGAAGAUCGGCCACUACGUGCUUGGAGACACGCUGGGGGUCGGCACCUUCGGCAAAGUCAAGAUUGGUGAACACCAGCUGACGGGGCACAAAGUAGCAGUGAAGAUACUCAACAGGCAGAAAAUACGCAGCCUGGAUGUGGUUGGGAAGAUCAAACGAGAGAUUCAAAACCUUAAACUCUUCCGGCACCCUCAUAUUAUUAAACUGUACCAGGUCAUCAGCACACCAACAGACUUCUUCAUGGUCAUGGAAUAUGUGUCUGGCGGUGAAUUAUUUGAUUACAUCUGUAAGCAUGGACGUGUUGAAGAGGCUGAAGCUCGACGCCUUUUCCAGCAGAUUCUCUCUGCGGUGGAUUACUGCCACAGACACAUGGUUGUCCACCGAGACCUGAAACCAGAGAACGUGCUGCUGGAUGCACACAUGAAUGCCAAGAUAGCCGAUUUUGGAUUGUCCAACAUGAUGUCAGAUGGCGAAUUUCUACGCACCAGCUGUGGUUCUCCAAAUUAUGCAGCCCCUGAGGUCAUCUCUGGAAGGCUGUAUGCUGGCCCAGAGGUGGACAUCUGGAGCUGUGGUGUCAUCCUCUACGCUCUUCUGUGUGGCACUCUGCCCUUUGAUGAUGAACAUGUCCCCACUCUCUUCAAGAAGAUCCGUGGAGGUGUCUUUUACAUCCCAGAAUACCUCAACCGCUCCGUUGCCACUCUCCUCAUGCACAUGCUGCAGGUUGACCCCCUCAAGAGGGCAACCAUCAAGGACAUCAGGGAACACGAGUGGUUUAAGGAGCAGCUGCCCAGUUACCUGUUCCCAGAGGACCCUUCUUACGAUGCCACCGUCAUCGACGAUGACGCGGUUCGGGAAGUCUGCGAGAAGUUUGAGUGCACGGAGUCGGAGGUGAUGAACAGCCUGUACAGCGGUGACCCUCAGGACCAGCUGGCAGUUGCUUACCACCUCAUCAUUGACAACCGGAGGAUCAUGAACCAAGCCAGCGAGUUCUACCUCGCCUCCAGCCCGCCCACGGGCUCUUUCAUGGACGACAGCACCAUGCACAUCCCUCCCGGCGUGAAGCCGCACCCUGAGCGGAUGCCACCGCUAAUCGCCGACAGCCCCAAAGCGCGAUGUCCUUUGGACGCCCUCAACACCACGAAGCCAAAACCCCUGACUGUCAAAAAGGCCAAGUGGCACCUGGGGAUCCGCAGCCAGAGCAAACCCUAUGACAUUAUGGCUGAGGUGUACCGGGCCAUGAAGCAGCUGGACUUUGAGUGGAAGGUGGUGAACUCUUACCACCUUCGAGUGCGCCGCAAGAACCCAGUGACGGGCAAUUACGUGAAGAUGAGCCUGCAGCUCUACCAGGUUGACAACCGCAGCUAUCUCUUGGACUUCAAAAGCAUUGAUGACGACGUGAUGGAGCAGAGGUCGGGCUCAUCCACGCCACAACGCUCCUAUUCAGGAGCCGGCUUGCACCGGCCCAGGCUGAGCAUUGAUGCGGCAGCAGCCACCGAGUGCCAGUCCCUGAUGGGCUCCCUGAGCGGCUCCUUCGUCGGCAGCAUCCCCUCGGCACCACCGCGCCUGGGCAGCCACACCAUGGACUUCUUUGAGAUGUGUGCCAGCCUGAUCAUGGCCCUGGCUCGCUGA